UCUCCAGAACGCCUCCUUUAUUAUACGUCCCCUCUUGCAGCGCUCUCCUCUCGUCAGUCCACUGUCCACAGCGUCAUCCCAAGAGAGGAGCUGACCCCAACAACGAAUCUCAACGCUCUCCUCCCCCAAAGUAUCAUCAUGAACUCUCUCCUCUCUCCAAACCCUAACCCUAACCCUAAUUUCACCAAAACCUCUCCCUUAAAACAGUCCGACCUCUCGAGCUCAACCGGCUGGAUCUCUCUCAGCCCUCAUACCCCGCGAAUCGGCCUCUCGUUCAACCGGCGGAGCUCGACCUCGAGGUCCGCUCUCUACUCGGAGAGGAUCGAUUUGACUGGGUUAUUGGAUUCGGAUCCUCCGAAUCCGGCGGUGUCGACGUCGUAUCGGAGCUCCGAUAUCCCGAGACCGAACCCGAUAGUGCUGGAGGCCCAGGCUAGGGUUUGCACGGGACCGGAGCAGACGAAGCCGAUGACCGAGGAGCAGGCGAUGGUGGUCCUUGAGACGAUUCUUAGAUCAGCUAGGGGAGAACUCAAGGAUGAGGAAGUUUCUAAAGCACAGCUUGGAGCUUUCUUUGCUGCAAUGACAAUACGAGCAAAUGCUUUUCCAGAAGCUACUCAAUGGAGUGAAGGAGAAAAGCAUGCCAUGAGUAUAUUCUGGCCACGUCUUCUUCAGGUUCUCCCCAAAGAUGUUAUUUUCAUAGCAGAUCCUGAGGGUACAAUCAUGGGGACAAGUAGUUCUAUUGGUCCUCACUAUGUUGGAAAUGGAAUUGCUGAAAUGAGACUGGUUGGUGCUCUCAGGGAAGUUUUGGCAGGUGGUCAUCUUGGUUAUGAGGAGGUUCAGGGUGUUCUAGGAGAUGUUCUUCCUUUGAAUGGUAAAAAUGGAAACACAGAAAUAGUGAGUGAGUCAUUGCUUGCAGCAUUUUUAAUAGGUCAGAGGAUGAAUAGAGAAACUGAGCGCGAGCUCAAAGCUUACUGCCUUGCAUUUGAUGAUGAGCUAGGGCCUCCACCAGUUGCUGAUGUUAGAUCCUUGACUCAUUAUGGUGAACCAUAUGAUGGAAAUACUCGUUUCUUCAGGAGUACACUGUUUGUUGCUGCAGUAAGAGCUUCUUAUGGUGAAUCUUGCUUGCUUCAUGGUGUGGAGUGGAUGCCACCUAAGGGGGGCAUAACAGAAGGGCAGAUGCUGAAGUUCAUGGGUGCAAAUACCCAGUUAUCUCCAUCACAGGCAAAAACUCUCCUAGAGGAUAAGGAUCUCAGCUUCGCCUAUGUUGGCCAGCAAGAAGCUCGCCCAUCUUUGUAUUCACUCAUUGGCCUCCGGGAGCACAUCAAGAAACGCCCUCCAAUAGCAACAUCAGAGAAAGUACAGCAGUUUGUAAGGGCUCGUGGAAGAGAAGCUAUUGUGGCGGGAUUUUAUCAUGAGGGUUAUGAAGAACCCUUGUUAAUGCUUAUGAGAAGAAGAAAAGUCCAUUCAGGCUUGGUUGUUAAGGGUGAGGAAGGUGCACUAUCCAUGACAACUAAAACAAGAUCAGUGAAUGCAUCAAAAGGUCUUCCAGUCGGAUUUCGCUCUCCAUUUCAAUGUUUGUCUACUUAUUAUCCAUUCCGUCUUUGUGAAGGAAUUACGCGCGAGAGUUUCUCCAUUGAUGUUAAUGCCAAAGAUUAUGGUUUUGAACCAACAGAUACUCCAAGAACUGAUAGAUCAGUUCUGAAAAAUAUAGAGUUGGGUAUAGCAGCAUUAUCUGGUGAAAAAGGGCCAGCCUAUGAUCGAAUAAUCUUGAAUGCCGGAAUGGUUGACCAUUUACUGGGCUGCAGAGGAGCUGAGGACGUACAUUCUGCCUUGGAGCGGGCAAGAGAAGCCGUUGACAGUGGCAAGGCUCUCAGGAGGCUCAUGAACUACAUAAAGAUAUCUCACAAAGUAUAAUAAUUCCGACAUAUAAUGAAUUUGUUGUUGUCCGUGUAAUUUUGCUGAAAGCUGUAACAGGAUGUGCAUUGCUCUUGUACAGACCAAUAGACAGAAAACAGGUGCAAACCAAUAAACAAAAAAAAGAAAAAAGAAAAAAGAAAAGAUAAGGAACCAGGUGCAAACCAAUAAACAGAAAAAGAAAAAUGAAAAGAAAAGAUAAGGAACUGGGUCGGUUGUGUGAUGAAGCCUUUUUUUUUUGAAACAAAAUUUUCAGUUUAAUUUUGCUCACUUGUAGGAACCUAAAACCAGGAUGUUUUCUUUAUGUUCUGAAUUGUUGUAAUUUAUGUGUAUGUAUUCUAUCUUGCAACGAUGCUUCAUUAGGAAAAGCACACUACUCAUUUUUAUUUGAUUGUA